AUGGCUCGCUUCGUGGAUUUGGAACAAGACGAUGGCGACGAUGCCAGUCAGUCCCCAGACCAUCUGAUCAGACACACGUUGCAGAUAAGGCUGCCGCACCUCAGUAGUAGCGCGACUACUCGGCCAGUCCCUACAUCAUCCUCUGCCGUGGCUUCCAACCCAAGUUCCAUAGCCAGAGCUUUUCAAUGCUACCCAAUCAUUGCAUCGAUCGUCUCUCAUAUCGACUUGAAUGCUUUGGACGCUCUUGCUCGCUCAUGUCGUUCUGUCCAUGACGGCCUGAUCCAGUAUCGAAGCGUCCUUGUCACCAAGACGCUCCACUGCACUAAUGAGGACAUCCCUGUUCAUUCCGACGGCAUACUUCGCUACCGCGCUCGAGCUAGCAACUGGUACUACAUGGAAGACAGCCGCAGCUACAACAGCAAAUCAAGCAGCUGUGCUCGUGAUAUGGUAGAUGAAUGCCGAAAAUGUAGCCAAGUGAUUUGCCGAAAUUGUGCAAUCAAGCCUCCAGCCCCAGUGGCUCUUCGCGAGAGACAUCGUAGACUGUGUAGAACAUGUGUCAAUGCGCCGCUUGGCGCUCUCAAUAUCCCACGUGUUGACGCAAGCCUGCCAUUUUCGUCAGAACCUGUGCAGCGAUCUCUCUGCAGUUGCGAGUCAUCGGGUGUCUGGCUCUGUCAAACUUGCGGGAGAAGUAUCCGCGGAGCCGACAAUCAAUAUCAAAGCAUCUGGCGCUGGCGCAACCAGUACGGAGAGGUCCUCGGCGGUUUGGGCACUGGCAUCGGUGAUGGAGAUCGCGGUGUCAUAUGUGGCCGCGAAGAGGCUUGUCUUGCCGCCAGAGAGCGUGAACACGAAGUAGAUUGCGAUGCGCAGGAUGCCCGUGACAGUGGCACCGCGCCGUGGUUCAAUGAGCAGCCAGUCUGGACAACCACAUCGACGCCUUCGCCCCCUGCUCUGGGUGCCUCUGCUAGUCCGGCAGGCUCACCUUUCGGACCAGCAACCCCUAUGGGAGUUUUGAUGGAAGAGGAGCGCCAUGACCGCACCCCGUCUCCCCAGCUCGGCCCAGGCUAUGAGAGGCACGAGAUUGAAGGCAUAGGUGGUAGGGUCAAGCGCAAGCUGGUCCGAAUGGUCCGCGUUGGCGCAUGUGUUCCGGAGUGGGAUGACGAAAAAGAUUUCGCCGGUCGUGUUUUGGCCCCAGAAGUAAAGGGCAGUGCCAGGAGCUGGUGCGGUUGGUGUUCGAGGGUCAUUCCGAGCAUAAAUGACAAAGAGCAUGCCUUUGCUGCAGGGUGCGGAAACUAG